AUGCAUUCCACAGUUGUCCGCGCGCAGAAUGUCUUCGGCUUCUUCACAACCGUGGCUUUCGUCGUUGCAGCUCUAAUUGCAUUCUCUGAUUUGCUUGCGCCGCGAACACCGAGCUCAAGCAUCAUCGUAAAAGAUGUCCAAACUGUCAAAGGCCGCCCACACUACUACUCGACCAAGAAAGAAGAAUACGCCGUAAUCCGCUUCUCGCUGACUGCCGACCUCUCCUCCCUCUUCAACUGGAACACCAAACAAGUCUUCGUGUACGUGUCAGCCUCAUGGCCAAACGCUACAUCUACAGAGUUGGUGAACGAGGCGGUUAUUUGGGAUACAAUCAUCACGAAUCCGAGCGCGGAUCACUUGCAGAAUAUUGGGCCGGCGGCUAUGAAGAAGUUGGUUAGGAGUGCGAAGGGAAAGAGUGUGGAUCCGUCAAGGGGCAAGCUCGAUCUCAAGAACCAAAAAGCGAAAUACCAAAUUACCGCCCCAACAGGCAAAGUCGCACAAACAAACGAUGUGGUCCUGAACCUACACUACAAUGUCCAGCCGUGGGUGGGUGUCCUGACGUGGACGCCACAGGUAGAGUUUGGACGGUGGAAGAAGAUCAAGGGUGGUGUGAGCAAGACGUUCAAGUUCCCGGCGUUGAAGGUCAAGAAGGUUGAGGAGAAGAAGGCGAAAGCUUAG